CGCCGCGGAGGAGGGGGAGGGGGGCGCGCGUUUAAAAGCCCCGACUGAGGAGGAGCCGCCCACAGUAUCACGGAGCCCGACACCUUGAAAAGUUUACAUCCAACUACAACAGCAGACUUAAGGGAGGAAGAAGAAGAAAAAAGGAGAGAUGGCAACUCAGACGCAGCAGCCGCCCCACCUGCACCUGGCUGAGCUCACCGCGGCGCAGUUCAUCGACAUCUGGAGACAUUUCGACGCAGACGGAAAUGGUUACAUCGAAGGGAAGGAGCUGGAAAACUUCUUCAAAGAGCUGGAGGUGGCGAGACGAGGCGCAGGCGUGGAUCCUACACAUGCUGCGUUCAAAGAAAAGAUGAAGGAGUUCAUGGCCAAUUUUGACAAGAAUGCUGAUGGGAGAAUUGAAAUGUCAGAGUUGGCUCAGAUUCUGCCCACAGAGGAAAACUUCCUGCUUUGUUUCAGAGAGUUUGUGGGAUCCAGCUCUCAGUUCAUGGCAGCCUGGCGGAGGUAUGACACGGACCGGAGUGGAUAUAUUGAAUCCAAUGAGCUGAAGGGUUUCCUGUCAGACCUGCUGAAGAAGGCUAACAGAAACUACGAUGACAAGAAGCUCAAGGAGUACACACAGACAAUUCUGAGGAUGUUUGAUCUCAAUGGUGAUGGAAAGCUGGGGCUCUCUGAGAUGGCGAGGCUCUUGCCAGUGCAGGAAAAUUUCUUGCUGAAGUUCCAGGGCAUCAGGCUCACAGUCAAAGAAUUUGAGUCCCUCUUCAUGUUCUACGACAAGGAUGGUAAUGGGUAUAUUGACGAGCAGGAGCUUGAUGCUUUGCUGAAGGACCUCUGUGACAAGAACAAAAUGGACGUGGAGGCAACAGGACUCGGGGGGUACAAGAAGAGCAUCAUGGCUCUGGCUGAUGGAGGGAAACUGUACCGCACUGAGCUGGAGAUCGUCCUCUGCCGGGACUCUGAGCUGUGACCUCCCUGCCUGGCACCCCGCUGUCCUCCCCCAUUGCCUCCUCCUUCCUACCUCCAGAUGUAACCUGGUGCAUGUGUGACCUUUAACCUUGCUACACCACUUAGAGUGCUCCUGAAAGCACUAAGUGUACUGCUGAGCCUGCUGUUUUAACUUUGUACCCCUCUGAGGGGUUUUUCUUUUCUUUUCUUUUUUUAACCUUUACAUGGAGCUCCAUAGUGAGAUAGCCAUUGCAAUGAUUAAAAUAAAAUAUUGUGUAUUUAUUUAUUUGACUUAGUGUUUUUAAUAUGUAUUUGUAUUUUUACAUUCAUCUCAUAUCUGUAUAUGUUCUUCUCCCUAUGACUUUAAAAUAGAUACUUUUAUUCUGUAGCAUCUCAUUUUUUAGUUUUAUUUAUUUCUAUUUAAUUUAAUAUGAACUUGUUUUAUUUGAUGAGGCUUGAAAUGCUCUAUUAA